UUACCUCGACCGCCUGGGUGAAACCAAAUACUUGAUGGCUUUGAAGAAUCUCUGCGACUCUGGCAUAGUUGAGCCUUACCCUCCUCUGUGUGACGUGAAGGGAAGCUAUGUCUCGCAGUUUGAGCACACGAUUUUGCUUCGGCCGACAUGCAAAGAGGUUGUUUCCAAGGGCGACGACUACUAAGCGUUUACUUUGGUUCCAAGGAUUGGAUUUGUUUGUACAUUAGUUUUCUGUCUUGUUCCGACAACAAAGUUGAAGCAUUUUAUAAGCUUCAACGAUAUAAAGGCCGCUCCUUUGUGCUGUUAUUUUGUUACAGAACAUGAUCAAAUCAUACGCACAUGGAUUCUGAUGGUUCAAUACAGAUGAUUCGUACCCCAAGUCGAAAUCUUUCUGAUUUGACCGUCCACGAAAUGAUAGUUCGUAGGUCAAACAAGAGAAAAAAGUCAACAACACGAACAUAGAGAGGGGACUCUCUGUGUGUGUGUAUGAUAAGAGAAGAAGCAUAACUCGUAACUCGGAGAGGGCAACAACCACAUAGUGGGUUCAUCAACAAUGGCGGGGGCAGCGGCGGCGUUAUCGGCGGGUUUCAGAGCCAAAGCUGGAAUCUUCCCCGUGCAAAUGCUAGUGACAUCGCUUCCUCUCCGCCGUGAAUUCGCUCGUCCCUUCUCCUCUUCGUUGAAGCCGACGGCGUCAUCAUACUCGAGAGCCGUCGUCCGCAAUAACCACCGACGAUGGCCUCGGAUCGCUCCGCUGUGCACGGUGGCUCCGGAUGCCGGAGCGGCGGUUGCGGUGGAGGAAUCGGAGAGUAAGGGCGAAGCGAAGGAGGAGGAGGAGGAGAAGGAUGUGAAGGAGAUAGCGAACCUGUUGGAGAUAAGGGUGGGUAAGGUGGUAAAGGCAUGGCGGCACGAGGAGGCGGAUUCGCUCUACGUGGAAGAGGUUGACGUCGGCGAGGCUGAGCCCAGAAUCAUCUGCAGCGGUCUCGUCAAGUAUGUUCCUCUCGAUCUCCUUCAGGAUGCAGCAGUAGUGGUGCUGGCUAAUCUGAAGCCAAGGAACAUGAGAGGAGUGAAGUCAUUUGGGAUGCUUUUGGCUGCCUCAGAUGCAGCCCACGAGAACGUCGAGCUUCUCGUUCCACCUGAGGGUUCUUCUCCGGGAGAUCGGAUAUGGUUUGGCAUCGAAGAUGACCUCCGACAGCUUCCCGAACCCGCAAAGCCAAACCAGGUUCAGAAGAAGAAGAUAUGGGAACUGGUGCAACCACAUCUGAAGACUGAUGUGUCGGGCAUUGCCAUGCUGAAGGAGCACUUGAUGAGAACAUCUGCUGGUGUUGUAACUUCAAAGUCCCUCAAGAAUGCCAAUAUCUCUUGAUACCACAGCUCAAUCAAUAACAAUAAAGAUUUGAUUUUUGAGUCAUACAUACUACUACCAUCUUCUCUGUUGUAUUUUGGAUUUUAAUUUGGAGAGCUUGAAAGAAACGUGUAAAAAUCUUUA